CCUCCGCGUAGGCAUGGCAGAGACACGGGAAUUUCGUCAUUUUUGCCUCUUUUAAUAUGUGUUUGUCACUUAUUUGUGGGUGUUUUAAGGCGCAUUUAUCCCCUCGGCCAUCGGGACUGUCUUUGUGAGAGAUUAUAUGGUGUUUUGGUAGAUAACCCUGGCAAGAUGUCAUCACGUUGUCAACACUGUGGGUGUGGGGACAUUGACAUCGACCCAGCUCGGGGAGAUGCUGUGUGUACCUCUUGUGGUACUGUUCUGUCGGAACAUAACAUUGUCAGUGAAGUUCAGUUUCUGGAAAAUUCUCAUGGUGGAAGUUCAGCUGUGGGCCAGUUUGUGUCCUCAGAUGCAGGCGGCAAGAGGCCUAUGUUCAGGGGCUAUAAUGGAACGUUUGCCAGAGAAAGUAAGGAAAUUACACUCAAUAAUGCACGAAAAAGGAUUAAUGCCCUGGCCCAGCAGCUGCGCCUCAGUCAACACAGUAUUGAAACGUCAUUUAAUUUUUUCAAAUUAGGUUUGAGUAAAGGGCUUAUGCGUGGUAGGAAAAAUAACCAUGUGAUAGGUGCUUGUGUGUACAUCACUUGCCGGACAGAACAGACUCCGCACAUGUUAAUUGAUGUGAGUGAUGCCCUCCAAAUUGAUGUGUAUGAGUUGGGGCGGACAUACCUCCGGCUGUCAACAGCUCUGUGCAUAAACAUUCCAGCCAUGGAUCCGUGCUUGUAUAUUUGGAGAUUUGCUCACAAGUUGUCCUUUGGUGACAAGACACAUGAGGUCUCAGAAACGGCCUUACGCUUGGUUAAAAGGAUGAAGAGGGACUGGAUGCAUACUGGCAGGAGACCCUCUGGUGUGUGUGGUGCGGCCUUAGUCAUCUCUGCCAGGUUGCAUGGCUACAACCGCACUAUCAAUGACGUCAUCAAAGUGGUAAAGGUGCAUGAGUCAACCUUGCGUAAACGUUUAACGGAGUUUGGAGAGACACCCUCCAGUGCCCUGACCCCAGAGGAAUUCAUGACCAUGGACCUGGAUGAGGAGCAGGACCCACCCGCUUUCAGGGCUGCCAGGAAGCGGGAGAAAGAACGUGUGCAGAAGCUCCUUGAUGAGCAGGAGGACCUGGACAGUGAGUUGACUGUGCUACAGCAGGAGAUCGAGAAACACCUGGAGGAACGGAAACGGAAGCUAAGAGGAAUAUGGGCAAAAUAUGACAGGGAAGAAGAGACGACUGAGGAGGAGAGUGUAGAACAGGAGAGUGCUGACACGCAAAAAUUCAUCACUGAAGCAACAUUACAGACCAUAGAUGAAUGCUUAGGUGAGAAUGGGGAUGAAGUCACAAAACAAGAAUUAAAAGUACAGGGCAUAGGGCCUUCUGCAGCCAGUUUGGGUCUGAAGGAAACUAUAGAGGAAUGCAUGGAGAUUCGCCCAAAUGACCCAGAGCCAGAGGACUGUGGAGUGCUGGACCUCUCAGGCAUUGAUGAAGAUGAAAUUGACUCGUACAUCAUGUCUGACAGAGAGAUCAAGCUGAAAACGGAAUUGUGGAUGAAGAUCAACAAGGACUACCUGGAAGAACUGAAGCUCAAGGAGGAGAGGGAGAAGAAAGAGGCAGAGGAGAGAGAGAAGGAAGGCAAACCCCCGAAGAAGAAGAAGAACUACACCAAAAAGUCCAAGAGCAAUGCUCCAGCCAAUACUGCAGGGGAAGCCAUUGAGAAGAUGCUCAUGGAGAAAAAGCUGUCCAACAAGAUCAACUAUGAUGUCUUGCGGAGCCUGAAGGGUGAGGACACAGAAGAGGAGGAACAGGACAUCAAGGAGGAGAAGCCCAACCCCAAAACUCUCAAGACCGUGCCCGUUGAGACACCUGAAGGCAUUUCCUCUGUGCUCCACUCACUCACAGGGAAGAGACCCAGGAACACCAUCAAGGAGGAGGGAGAGAAGUCGCCCAAGAAGAUAAAGGGGGUGACAAUUGAUGUAGCCAAUACCUCUCUGGGCCCCAAGGUGGAAGAUGCUGAGGAAGAGGAAGAGGAAGAAGAGGAGGAUUGCGAAGAAGAAGAAGCAGAGGAUGAGGAGGAGGACGAGGGAAGCCUUUCCACGGCCCAGCUGCUCAGGAGACGGAGAGGGGAGGACAACUCCUAUGAUGACUACUAUGAUGAAUAUUAUGAUUAACAGAAAGAAUUUGCUGGACAUUGCCUUUUUUUUUUUUUCCUUUUCUAUGUUGAUGAGAAGUUUGAGCAGAUUUUUCUUGAAUGUCAUUAGAGAGGACUGGUUUUAAUACCUGGCAGUGGACCACACAUACAAGUCAUUAACUUGCAGGCAUUAAAGUUUAAGUACAAAUCAUUUAUAUAUAAGUGAAUUAGUCCUUAAGGACAAGGAAAGAAAAAAAAAACAGAUAGACAGUGGAAAAGUAAAUGGAAAUUUCAUCUUUAUUUUGUUUUAUAUGUAGCUUUUAUCAAUAAUAAUAACAAUGACAAAGAGAAACUUACACUUCUGUCAUCUUGGUGUGCUGUACAGGAUGUAGCUUUUAUUUAUUUACUUUUAAAAAUAUUUUUAUCAAUUUUGACACAUAUUUAUUUUCUGGUCACAAAAUAUGAAUCAUUCUCAUCAAAAAAGAUCAUAAUGUGAAUACCAAAGUAUUAGUGAAAAAAUGUGUUUUAUAUCAUAAAAGGUAGAAAUCAGAGAAUGGGUCAUAUUUUUUUGUAGAUAGACAUUGGCAUUCAAUUCACACCUACUUUCAUAAUUUAUUUCAUAAACGCACAUUUGGUCUGACAGCAGCAGAGUGUAUAGUGUAGCCUUCAGUGUUGAACAGAUUACUUUAUUUUAUGUACUUUGUGUACAGAAACCCAUUUUUAAUGUAAUUGGAAUUGUAAAACAUUAAAAACACCCUUUAAAAUGUAACAGUAGAAAAUAAGUAUUCUUUUAUAUCAUUGUCAUGAUUGUUUUUGUUGUACUAUUAUUUUUACCUUUCAUGGUGAGUUUGAAUGUACCAUCAUUUGUUAUUUUAUAUUAUUAUUUAAAUAUAACAGUACACACUGAAGAAAACACUGUAUGGUAUGUAUAUAUUAUGGAAGGUUGUAGAUUACAGACAGAUCAAAUUAUAAGAAAUAAUGAUUCUUGUAGUACAAA